UUGACGAUCACCGCCAUGUCGAAGCAAUAUAAAGGCAUCGGCGAGGACCUCUGGAAAAGUCGACCGGAGAAAGUAAAUGCGGAAUUGUUCGCCUUGACUUAUGGCGCGCUGGUCGUCCAGCUAAUCCAAGACUACGAAGACUACGCCGAGGUCAACAAGCAGCUGGAAAAGAUGGGCUACAACAUCGGGACGCGACUGAUAGAGGAUUUCCUGGCAAAGAGUGGUAUCGGUCGCUGUGCGGACUUUCGUGAGGUUGGCGAGGUGGUCGCAAAGGUCGGCUUCAAAUCGUUUCUAAACAUUACACCGGCAGUGAACCAUAGCAUACAACAACCACCGCCUUCUCCUGGCCGACCAGCAAGCACUGGUCCAAUGCAAACAAGUGCAGGAUCGUCGUUUACUCUCACAUUAGACGAGAAUCCCUUGGCGGAAUUCGUAGAGCUUCCCGAGGAAACAUUGGAGGGUGGUCUUUGGUUCAGCAACGUGCUUUGUGGGGUCAUACGCGGUGCUUUGGAGAUGGUUCAGAUGCAGGUCCAAGCUGAGUUUAUAUCGGACGUCUUACGCGGAGACGAAACAACCGAAAUACGCGUGAAAUUGAUAAAAUACCUCGAGGAAGAAGUACCCGUAGGAGACGACUAA